CUAUGCUGUCAGUCAUGAACAGUUGUCAGUGCGGCCGCAUUUUAGGCGUCAUUAUCUGGCUGCCCAGCGAACCCUGUUGUUCUGUCCUGUAGUCACAGUGUGUACAGUAAAGUGUGCCUGCAGCAGUUCUGGGACACUAAGGGAUCUGCAGAGUGUCCAGGCUGCAGGACAAAGUCUUCAGAUGGCAAACCUCCACUCAGCCUCCACUUGAAGAACUUGUGCGAGACGUUCUUACUGCAGAGAAGUCAGAAGGCUUCAGCAGAGUCGGAGGUGCUCUGCAGUCUGCACAGUGAGAAACUCAAGCUCUUCUGUCUGGAGGAUAAACAGCCUGUGUGUUUGUUGUGUCAGGCAUCAAAGAAACAUAAAAAUCACACUUUUAGUCCCAUGGAUGAAGUAGCACAGGAUCGUAAGGAGGAGCUGAAGAUCCAACUGCAGCCCUUACAGAAGAAACUGGAGACCUUUGGAUAUGUUAAACUCAUCUGUGACCAAACAGCAGAACAUAUUAAGACUCAGGCUCAACACACAGAGAGGCAGAUCAAGCAUGAGUUUGAGAAGCUUCACCAGUUUCUACGAGAUGAAGAGGCAGCCAGGAUAACUACACUGAGGGAGGAAGAGGAGCAGAAGAGUCAGAGGAUGAAGGAGAAGAUUGAGAAGAUGAGCAGAGAGAUCUCAUCUCUUUCAGACACCAUCAGAGCCAUAGAGAAGGAGAUGGGAGCUGAUGACAUCACAUUCCUGCAGAACUACAAGAGCACAGUGGAAAGAGCCCAGUGCACACUGCAGGAUCCAGAGAGGGUUUCAGGAACUCUGAUCAAUGUGGCAAAGUACCUGGGUAACCUGAAGUUCAGAGUCUGGGAGAAGAUGCAGGAAAUUGUUCAGUACACUCCUGUGACUCUGGAUCCCAACACUGCACACCCACGACUCAUCCUGUCUGAGGAUCUGACCAGCAUGAGAUGGGGUGUUGAGAAAUAUCUUCCUUAUAACCCAGAGAGAUUUGAUGAGUAUGCUGAUGUCCUGGGCUCUGAAGGCUUUAACUCCGGGACUCACUACUGGGAUGUGGAGGUUGGGGAGAACACAAUGUGGGAUGUGGGUGUGAUGGCAGAGUCUCUCCAGAUGAAGGGAAACUACUACUCCAUGAGUGGACUGUGGUUUGUGAGGUAUUACAGUGCUGAAUAUGCAGCACAUUCUCCUCCUCAGCCCUCCACUCUCCUCACAGUGCAGCAGAAACUCCAGAGGAUCAGAGUGCAGCUGGACUGGGACAGAGGAGAGCUGUCAUUCUCUGACCCUGAUAAUUUCAUUUCAAACCUUUAUUUAUACUCGUAG